ACUACUACUACUUCAUUUCAAUUCCAUUUCUCUCUCCUCUCUUCAUUUCUCAUAAAUCAUAAUCAUUUCUUUUCUUCUUUUUCUUUUUCUUCACACACGAACAACCAAAACCCUCUCUCUCUCGUCAAAGUGUUGCUCUGAAUUUUCUUCUAAGGAACAAGAUUUUCACUCUUUCUUAGCUCAAUUCAGCUUUGGAUUUCAAACGAGGUGGUUUUUGGAUUUUAGUGUGAUCUCGUGCUAAUUCAGGUCGUCAUUUAUUAUCGUUCUUUUUCUCUGUGAAAAUGAAAUAUCUGAAAGUAAAGGAGUAAACUCAAUUUUUGUGGCUGUGAAUCGAUAUUUAGAACUUUUUCUGGUUUUAUCUGUGUUUUCUUUUUUAUAUUUUAAGGAUUUUGAAUGUGGUUGUGAUAUGCUUUGGGCAGAAACCAUAUAAUAUAUGAUGAGGCGGAUGAAAAAGGAGAUUGAGGAUGAGAUGUUCCACGAUGGUGAGACUGAGUUACAGUUGUAUGAUGAGGGUUAUGAUGGAAGUGCCUGUGGAGUUGUUCUGAAGAAAGGGCCAUGGACAUCUGCUGAAGAUGAUAUUUUGGUCAAUUAUGUCAAGAAGAAUGGAGAGGGGAACUGGAAUGCUGUUCAUAAGCAUACAGGCCUGCUACGUUGCGGAAAAAGUUGUCGAUUGCGGUGGGCUAAUCACCUAAGGCCAAAUUUAAAGAAAGGGACAUUUACUGCAGCAGAGGAGCAGUUGAUUUGUGAGCUUCAUGCAAAAAUGGGAAACAAAUGGGCACGCAUGGCAAGCUUUGUAAGCAUAUUGUGUAUUGUUUAUCUUUGCUUUACAUAUUCUGUUGCAAUAUUUUUUUCUUCUUCAGGUUUUUAUGAAAUCUUUGAAUUCUAUUCAUUUUCCAUCACUGAUGUCAUUGUUACGUCUUCCUUGAAUAUUGUUACAUCUAAUAACUUUUUUAACUUCUCUAAAAUAUGGAGCAAGCUAGUUGGAUUUGUGCAUUUAAUAAAGAAGAAUUUUAAUUAAAUACUGUGUAUCGUCACCAAUAAAUAUUAAAUACUGUGUAUGGCUUGGGAUAUCCUAGUAGGCGAUAAGAUGACGUUGAGAUUCACACUAACAAACGUGGUGGAAUACAGUUCACUUGUCUUUUGUUCGUCUCCUAAUGCAUAACGUCACCCAUUACGUAGAAAUAUUUAAUUCUGCAUUAAAUUUUCUGUCAACUUUUACGGAAUGAAGAGCUUUACAACAUUCAAUUUUCUGUGUUUGCAAAUGAUUUAUUUAAUUAUUUUGGCUUGGACAUUGUGACUGAGAACUCCAGUUGCAGAUUACGUUAGUUGUAAAGUUAUACAGUAAAUAAGGAAACUCAUACCUUUCUUGUAUUUAUUAACUCUUUUUUUUAAAAAAAUAAAUUUGUGAGGGGUUUAACUUAUUCGGGCAACUUGCCAAAAUUUACAAGUAAAUGUCUUGGUACUUUGGAUUAAAUCGUUUCAGGAAUGGUGAUCAUGCACUCCACAGGAUUUUAUAAUUGUGGCAAUCAGUAUUUUCUUCAAUUUUUGAUUUCCAAUAUUUUGUGCUUAUUUUCUUUAUCCAUUAUAGUGGUUUAUUUCCUUGGCUCGCAGUUGCCUGGUCGUACAGAUAAUGAGAUAAAGAACUAUUGGAACACUCGGAUCAAGAGGCGUCACCGAGCUGGCUUGCCACUUUAUCCCCCUGAAGUAUGGCAACAGGUUCUUCAUGGGCAAAGCACUGGUGGAAUUAGCAGAAUUAACGGUCGCAAUAAAGUGCAUCCUGAUUUCUUGCAGAAAAAGUAUUUUGAUAAACAUGAUGCAAUAUUUGACUCUCUGAAGGAUAACCACGGAAUCUUACCUUAUGUGCCUGAGCUUCCUGAUAUUUCUGCUUAUGGCAAUAUGCUAAAUGGUUUUGAUUCUUCUCAGUAUUGUAGUUUUGUGCCAUCGACAUCAUCUAACCACAAACGUUUUCAAGAGUCAACAAUGCCAUUUCUUGAUUUCAGUUAUAUUGACAGAAAUGGUUUUUAUCCAUUUGAUCAUGUUCAGGAUGAUACUUUUGAUAAGUUGACACAAUCAUUUGGGGUGCAAUCACCCCUUGAUCCUGGUCCCUCCUUACACAGCUCAAUGUGUUACAGCCAUUCAAUUAUGAAUGACAAUUCCUCUACUUCCAAGCCUUUCGAGGCUGCGAAAUUGGAGCUCCCUUCACUCCAAAAUUCAGAAAUUGAUUUAGGUAGCUGGGUUACAUCUCCCCCGCCUCCUUUACUUGAGUCAAUUGAUGAUUUCAUUCAGUCUCCUGCACCAAUUAGUACACUGGAGUCAGAUUGUUCUUCUCCACAAAAUAGCGGCCUUCUGCAAUCUGUACUUUAUCAACGGAAGACUCCAAGCAGUUCAAAAAACCAAUAUUAUGACAAUAGUUCAAAUUCAUCUACUGCAACUCCCGGUGAAAAAGAAGACAGCUCUGCUUUGAACAUGUAUGAGACAGAAUGGGAAGACUAUGCUGACCCUGUAUCUCCAUUUGGCGCGUCUUCUAUAUUGAACGAGUGCCCUGCUGUUAGUGCCAACAGAGAUUCACUAGAUGAACAGCCACCUGUUCAUAACAUUAAUGGCAACAUUGUAAAAUUAGAGUAUGUUGACCAGGUUUGGACCCCUGACAGUGAAAAUCAAAUCACGUCUCUGUUGAACUUUAGUCAGCCCGAUUUCUUGCUUGGUUCUGAUUGGUAUGAGCAUUACUCUGGGCAUGACAAGAACCAAUCCAUCACUGAUGCUACAUCGAUGUUUUUCGAAGAUCAAUUAGCCGCCAACUAUAAACAUACGCCUGCUGGAACUUCUAACCCAAGUCAGGUAUGGGAGUUUGGUUCUCUUGCAUGGAACAACAUGCCUGCUGUCUAUCAAAUAUCUGAUCUUGGUUAAGAAAACACCUGAGAUGUGUGAUUUGAAACUUCUGUACUAAUUACGUUCAUGUUGGUUUUUAACAUGGUCGUCAGGUGUUAAUAUCUCCUAGGCCGGUAGAGAUUUUAUAUGGGUGUGAUUUUUUUGUACUGAUACAUUGGUUAGACUUUUGCUGUCACGUCACGUGUCUUUGUAAUUUUGUGUGUUUCAUGACUGUAUACCUCCAUGAAUCUCUUGCCGACAAGUCCUUUUGCAGACUUGCGAUUGAUUUGUGUAGGACAUCAUUGCAUUUACGGAUUGAGAAUGGCUUGUAAUAUUUUGCUUGUUUUCGUUUGACCUGAUAUUUUGUAGUUGAUAUGAUUAGGGCUAAGAAAUUCUUGAUAUGUCUGA